AGCACAGCCAGUGUCCAGCAAUGCAGGCCAGCGGUGACACCGAGGAGCCCCCGCUGCCUCUGGCACUGAGCAGGUUUCAGGUCUCCGAGGAGUUUGGCUUCCUGCUUCCCGACCCUCUGACAGAGCUGCCAGCACCCUACGGCCCCUGGAUGGACAUCGCCCGUGAGCUGCCCCAGCUGAUCGCGAGCCGUCAGCUCCGCUCACGCGUUCGCCAGAUGCCGCAGCUGAGCUCCCAGCACCUCCGAGGACGUGAGGAGCUGCACUUGGCACACCUGGUGCUCAGCUUCAUCACCAUGGGCUACGUCUGGCAGGAGGGAGAGGAGGGCACCGUGCAGGUCCUGCCCCGAAAUCUCGCCGUCCCCUACUGGGAGGUGUCACAGGCCCUGGGGCUCCCGCCCAUCCUCAGCCACGCAGACUUUGUGUUGGCCAACUGGAGGAGGAAGGACCCCAACGGGCCUCUGGAAAUUGAGAACCUGGACACGAUCAUCACCCUGCCUGGUGGAGAGAGCCUGCAGGGCUUCAUCCUUGUCACCCUGCUUGUUGAGAAGGCAGCUGUGCCUGGCAUUAAGGCAAUCAGCCGGGCCCUUGGUGCCAUCCUGCAGUGCGAUGAGGAGACCCUGCACAGAGCCCUGGAGGAGCUGGCAGGGGCCAUCAAGGCCAUGAGAGAGGCGCUGAGGCAGAUGCAUGACCAUGUGGAUCCAGAAGUGUUCUACUCUGAGAUCCGGAUCUUCCUCUCUGGCUGGAAGGACAACCCUGCCAUGCCGCACGGGCUCAUCUACGAGGGGGUGUCCCCGGAGCCCAUGGCGUACUCGGGGGGCAGCGCGGCGCAGAGCUCGGUCCUGCACGCCUUCGAUGAGCUCCUGGGGAUCUGCCACCGCCAGGACAGUGCUGCCUUCCUGCACAGGAUGAGGGACUACAUGCCCCCGCCCCACAGAGCCUUUGUGGAGGAGGUCCGGGGUGCCGUGUCCCUGAAGCAGCAUGUGCUGUCCUCGGGGGAUGCGCGGCUCCGAGCCGCCUUCAAUCGCUGCGUGUCUGCGCUGACAGACUUCAGGUCCUACCACAUCAGCAUCGUCACCAAGUACAUCGCCACCGCGGCGGCCAAAGCCAGGGCCAGGCGGGCACAGCCGAGUGCCAGCGCCGGCCCCGCGGUGGGAAAGCCCCCGUCUGCCCUGGAGGCUAAAGGAACCGGCGGGUCCCACAUCUUCAGCUUCCUGAAGAGCAUCAGGGACACCACCAGGGAGGGGAUGAUAAGUGCCUGACCUAGCCCGAGGGUUGCCCAAAGCGGGGCGCAGGAGGCCAAGGGGCUUUGGUGUCUGAUCCAAGAUCCAAAACCUCGCAUCAGCAUCAGCCUUCCCACCCUGUGCACGUGUGGGACAUGAGGGCUGCUGAGAGAGAAUGCUGCUGCUGCUGCUGCUGCUGCUGCUGCUGCUGCUGCUGCUGCUGCUGCUGCUGCUGCUGCUGCUGCUGCUGCUGCCGCUGCCUCCCCCAGCAGGCACUCAGCGAGCUCAGCAUCCUCCCCUGGCACCGGCAUGGGCACAGUGUCCUCCUGUGGAACUGGCGUUCACACAUCACCCCCGGGUCCCAGGGGAGAGCUGUUCCCUUCCAGCCCCGCUUCUUCCCCGCUCCGCCCCGGGCGGGGGCCGCAGCUCCGAUACACAC